AUGGCAGAAAGACACCAACCAAAACGUCGAAGAUACGAUAGCGAAGUUUCUACACCAGGAUAUAGUUCACCAGAUGAAUUGGCAAUCGAUAAACCCAUUCGACCUUCUACCAGCACGCGUCGCGAUUCAAUACGUCGACAAUCGAGAGCAUAUACCAGUGAUGGAAGCGCCGAUGAACUUGAUCAUACCCAUCCUCGUCAUCGAAGUCCGCGAAGUUCUCAAAGUCGACGAAAUUCACAUCAUUCAAGAAGCAGAUCUACCUCUGAAGACUCACCUCGCUCGGUGCAUUCCUCACCUUCACCACCAGCUCGCAAACCUCUCAAGCUCAACUACAAAUGCAAAUUCAUAUUGAGAGGUCAUCGCAAAGGAGUUGCGCAAGUAAGAUUCUCACCCAACGGACGAUGGAUUGCUAGUUGUUCUGCAGAUGGCACAAUCAAGAUAUGGGAUGCGGAAACGGGAAAACAUAUGCGAACUAUGGAGGGACAUCUUGCAGGUGUAUCGACAAUAGCUUGGAGUCCGGAUUCAAAUACUAUCGCUUCGGGAUCUGAUGAUAAGGCUAUUAGGUUAUGGGAUCGAGCGACUGGUAAACCAUAUCCCACGCCUUUACUCGGUCAUCAUAAUUAUGUCUAUUCGGUGGCUUUCUCUCCAAAAGGCAACGUGAUAGCUAGUGGAAGUUAUGAUGAAGCUGUGUUCCUGUGGGAUUUACGCGCAAGAAGACAAAUGAGAAGUUUGCCUGCACAUUCGGAUCCUGUUGGUGCGGUGGAUUUCAUACGAGAUGGGACUUUGGUAUGCAGUUGCUCGACCGAUGGGCUCAUUCGUGUAUGGGAUACCGCAACCGGACAAUGCCUUCGAACUCUUGUGCACGAAGAUAAUGCGCCUGUAACCACAGUUCGAUUCUCUCCCAAUGGUCGAUUUAUUCUCGCGCAUACACUUGAUUCAUGCAUACGGUUAUGGGAUUAUGUUGCUGGAACUUGCAAAAAGACAUAUCAGGGACAUGUGAACGAUAAAUACUCGUUAGGUGGCAGUUUUGGCUUCAGCGGUAAUCAGGGAUUUAUUAAUUCUGGUAGUGAAGAUGGCGAUAUUCUUUUUUGGGAUGUGAGUACGAAGGAAUUAAUACAAAAGGUUCACGGACAUGAGGGUGUAGUCUGUUGGGUCGAUACCGCCCCUGGACCGAAUGGAUCUGUCGUGAGUGGAGGUCUGGAUGGUACCGUCCGCAUCUGGGUUGAUGUGGGGGAUGCGGAUGAAUCUGUGGGACUCAACGAUUUAAAGCUUGAAUCGCAAGGUAGGCAUAAUGUAAAGCAUGAAAGUGGAGAAGAUGAAGAUAUGGACGGCUAUAGAGAUGAAGAUGGAGAUGGAGACGGAGAUGGAGAUGGAGAUGUGGAAAGUAGACGAAGGAGAUACAGUAAUGAUACCCCGCGAGAUGAUAUAAGCGUUGAUAGGGAACGAUCUCGCGACAGGGAUAGAAGCGAAUUACGCGGUCUGGAGAAAAUGGAGGAAGAUUAG